CAGUGUUCCUGGAUUCAAUGUGACGUGUCCACCUUCAUCCUGUGUUAUUGUGUUCCAGUAACAUUAGACCUUAAUAUUUUUUUGAAGUACGGACGAGCCGCCAUAUCAUGUUAAGCUUCAAAUUGGACGAGAGAAAAAUAUGGAUUUGAAAAUAGAAAGAAGACUAAAGAGCCGAAAAAAAGCGAAAGAAAUUUGAGUAUUGAACCCGCUCUGUUGAGAGACAAAAGAAUACAAAUUUGUGGUGAUUCUAAUGCUCGCAGGUCUGCAGUGAAAAUUUUUAGUGAUGAUUUUUUUGAGGAAAGGAGACUACCCAAGUGACCCUUCUCCCAAUGCACUCACUCCCGUUUGUGAGACUUGCCCGUGAAGAGGCUUUUCCCUGUUUGUUUUUUCAGUAAGUGCCAUUCACCCUAAUAUGGGGAGGAAAGAAAAGACAAACCGCUCUGAGUUUCACAGCUGAGCUAGUUUUUUAGAAACAAACUAUUAACUCAAAGAUAUCUUUUUAUAUUUUACGCUUCUUAUUACUUAUGUAAGAACACCUGAAUUGAUCCGUUCGUUUCCUUGAAUUCAUCUCCCGUGCAUUUUUGCCUGGUUUUCAAUCAUUCGACGGUGUUUGCAAUCAAAGUUUUAGAUGGACGCAAGAAAAGAAGCCUUCCAACUGGGCUGGUUUCAACACUAUGGCCUAGGCGUUCAUGCUGCCGAAGAAGCAGGCGCUACCGAAGGCGGCAAGGAACCGCAACGAACCGCAUAUCGCGACGAGCAUGCUCCUCUACGCAAAGGCAUGAGGCGAGGCUUAUGCGACCACGAGAGAGAUGCGGCGAAGGGCAAAAAUGCGAGGAGUGAGAUAUGCGACUUGCAGGCCUGCGGGAGAAGCCAGGCCGAGGCGAGGAGGCGGCGGAGAAAGAACGCACCAUGCACCGCAAUCGAGCGCUCGUGUGCACUGCCAAGCGAGUCGGGCAUAGAUAGCUGUCACCUAGGAGCCAUGCGGCCAAACCGGCUUGUCGAGGUGGAGCCUGCCUCGAGGACUGCCGUAGGUACACCGGAGAGAGGCAGAUUAGGUGAAUGGAGUAGAGAGGGUAGCGGGAUGUCACUUGUAGUGAGACCACGGCGGAAAAAAAGGAGGAGGCGCGAUCAUGAUAGCGGAGGUGGGACCAGCGCAAGGAGCCUUUUAAUUUCUGCACAGACGGCACCGUUUUGUUCUAGUGUAUUCAGAACGAGCUACGAUUCCUGCGAGCAAGCGGCGCACGCAGCGUCGUCUUUCUCGCACGACGAAGCGAAGGCUGAUGUGCGACUUAGCGAAAGUGAGCAAGACGCGAACUCGUCUCUUAGCAUAAUUAUUUUUAGAUUAACGUCAAGCAAGAUGAUCACACCUACAGCCCCUCGAUCACCAUUUGCACGCCGUGCAACGCAGUCCCUAGUUUGCCUCCUCCUGUCCCUGUUUGCUCUCCCAGCAGUCGCUUUCCCGACUUUUACCUCGUGGACGAUAAAACCGAAUACGGAUCCUCAUGCCGGUCAAGUGUUUCAUGUAGAAAUUACCGGAACCGACGUAGAUACAGUAAAUAACAGAGUGGCGGUUAUGGACUUUACUGAUGGCUCGACUACCUGCGAGGGCGCCAACUUGGUGGCUGACUCAACCGUGGACACCCUUGACAAGGUGAAGACAACGGUGUCUUGUCAAGGUACUGAAGAACAUUAUGGCAUGUUUUGGUCCAUUUGAGAUUUUCGGAGGCAAUUUUUUUAUCAUUAUUGUCUUUACAGAAAUAUUGAGAAUUUGUUAUCGAUACUAGUGCUAUCUUAUAGGUCUGGUCCUCUUCUCCAUCAUAUUUUCACUGCGCCAGGUGGAAACUCUGCCCCAACGCGGCUAGACUGUGGUCCGUUUGUGGUGUACAAACAGACGGAAAACUUAGGAUUUUGUGUAUGCGCAGCCACCGCAAGUAGACCGGUUCCGUCCUGCACCUCAUCGUCGGACUACACCUACGGCUUUGCACCAAGAUUCGCAACCAAGGGGCCAACAGGAAUUCAGAUCUGGGCUGCGCAGGUUUUUAUCAUAUCUUGUGUUUUGUAGGUUGGAAAAAUUGUUGUAGCUGGAAAAAUGAUUUCCCGAUAAUUUUUGUUGUAUCCGUUUUCGGGUGUCGUAUCGAGUCGAGUUUCUGUUUUACUUUUCGAACAGAAAACACAAGGAAGUGUGACUAAUAUUUUUUUUUUCGCACCGCGGAUUCACAGAUGAAAGUGUCGACUUCGUUUACCGUCGAGGGCACAGGACUCGGAGGCAGCGACAAAGUGAUGGCUUUAGAAAAACUUUAUCAUCCCACCUGCCGCAACUUCGAGAGCACGAGCGCGACAGGCAACACGAUGUCUUCCCAUGUGAGCAAUUUCGACGGUGUACGGGACGGCGGUAGCGGAGAUACUAGUGCGCGAUGGGACAGUGUUACGAUGAACAAAGUAGCGCAGUUUAUCAUGUGCUGGUGUGGCGGUGCGCGUCAAGACUGCAGCGAUUCCUCCCAGUUUACGACCUAUGCUGGCGAGAUCACAGUAAAUGGCCCCACGCCGAGCAACCAGGAGCGCUUUUUCGUAUUGGGCUCUGGCAGCAACUUGCAAGUGCUUGGUGUUGGUUUGCGUGCCUCCGACCGGAUCCGAAUCGUGCAUAACACGAAUGUUCAGUGUGGCAAUAGCGGAGCCGGGAGCAACAUUGGCGCGGUAGAUCGAGGUGCCGACGGCCUUCCGGCUUUUGUAGACAGCAGCGUCUCACCGGCAAUCGCGCAAUGGGCCGAUGUGAGCAUCACCACCGCGGGAACCUACAAGGUGUGUUGGUGCGGUAUGAUGGCGGUCGACCCCGACGGUUGCACAAGCGAUGCCCACUUCAACGUCGACGCCGGAACGAUUGUAGUCUCAGGGCCAGAUCAGGGCGGGACGUUUAACCCGAUCCUCGGGGAAAAGUUUAGUGUUGCAGUAACGGGACAGGGCAUGCACGCAGGAGACCGGUAAGAACGUUCGGAUGGUCUAGAAUUGAGAUCAGUCAUACUAGGAUUAUUAUAAAGUUUAAAGGCGAAAUGAGAUAUUCGAGCUUUUUGUAUUUUCUGUUGAAUAACUUACUGAUACCUCCAUCAACAUAUACCAGGGUGAUUCUAUCGGAGCAGUCUUGUGGUAACGUCGCAG